UUGUAUCGUGAUCAUAUCAGAUUUUACCAAAUUUUCGUAUUCGUUACAAAACAGUGGAUGCAGAUGUAAAUGUAAUUCAGAAAAUGGUCCAAGAGAUAAAGUAUCACGUUAAUCUAGCCGCAGUACAAAAAUGAAGAUCUAAAUUUUCGGAAACUUUCCUACCAGCUUGAAUGGUUAAAGAAUCAAACAAACGGAGGAAGCUUGCCUGCGCCCGGACAUGAGUACGAUACAUGGAGGAAGACGAGCCCGGCGGAACACGUGUUCAAAUAGGCGCAGCUGCUGGAAAUUAUUUGAGCUAGACGUUAUGCAUACACCGAAAGUAUAAUGUAUCCGAGAUGUAGACAGAGUAGCUGUCAAGAUCAAUGCGUGGUUUAUCGAAAGUAGUGGAAAUACACGAAUUUUCUAGUCAAGCAGACAAUAAAAUUAUUAUCAAUGUUUGCACUAGCCAGUGUCUCAAGGAGAGGGAAAGAAAAUGCUGUAUAUAUACUCGUCGUCGAGCUAGGGGAAUCAGAGUCAGAUCGAAUUAGCUGCACAUCAGCAUGAAUAAUAGAAAUCUCUUGUCGAGGUUGGCGGUGGCCAGCUUGCUCCUGCUGCAGGUACACUGGGCUCUGAGUUACGAUUCGGCUGCCUACAGAUAUCCCCACUACGUGGACGGAAGGACCAGCAUGGUCCACCUGUUCGAGUGGAAGUUCAAGGAUAUUGCAGAGGAGUGCGAGAGAUUCUUGGGACCCAUGGGGUACGCUGGUGUUCAGGUAUCACCCAUCAACGAAAAUCUGGUGAUCCCCGGACGUCCCUGGUACGAGCGUUACCAGCCCAUGUCCUACAAGAUCAUCACUCGUUCCGGUAACGAAGAUGAAUUCGCGGAUAUGGUUAAGCGCUGCAACAAGGUCGGUGUCCGCAUCUACGUCGACGCCGUGAUAAACCACAUGACCGGCAACCAGGUACCAGCUGUAGGAACCGGUGGCUCCACCGCUGAGCCCGGCAAGAGGCUCUACCCAGGAGUACCCUACGGACCCAAAGACUUCAACACACCAUGUGGUAUCUUCAACUACGGAAACGGUAUCGAAGUGCGCAACUGCGACCUCAGCGGUCUGCACGAUCUAAACCAAGGCAGUGAAUACGUCCGAGAAAAGAUCCUCGAAUUCCUCAAUCGGGUGAUCGAUCAUGGCGUUGCUGGCUUCAGAGUCGACGCUGCGAAGCACAUGUGGCCCGGAGAUUUGGAGAUCAUCUACGGUCGCACGAAGAACCUCAGGUCUGACGUCUUCGGCGAGAACAAGCGACCCUUCAUCUUCCAAGAGGUAAUCGACUUGGGCGGCGGUGAAGGUGUCAGCAAGUGGCAGUACAACUACUUCGGCUCGGUCAUCGAAUUCGUUUUUGGUAUCCAAAUAGGACGCUUCUUCCGUGGUUGGGAAGAUCUGAGCCACCUUCAGCACUGGGGCUUCUCUGAUCGUGGUCUUCUGCCCUCCAACGACGUCGUCGUCAUGGUUGACAAUCACGACAAUCAGAGGGGACACGGCGCUGGUGGCGAUGCGAUCCUCACUUUCAAGAACCCCCGUCUUUACAAGAUGGCAGUAGCUUUCAUGUUGGCCCACCCCUACGGUCAUACACGCGUCAUGAGCUCGUUCGACUUUUCCGACCCGAGCCAGGGACCUCCAGCUGAUUCCCAAGGUAACCUCAUCUCUCCCGAUCCCAUCAACGGCGACGUAGCAUCCGGUGCUGAGGCUAACCCCUGCGGUCACGGUUGGGUCUGCGAACACCGUUGGUCCCCGAUCUACGGUAUGGUCGGCUUCCGCAACGUCGUCCAGGACGAGGCGCUCACCAACUGGUGGUCCAACGGCCAGAACCAGAUCGCCUUCUCCCGAGGCAAUCGUGGAUUCGCGGCUUUCAACGGCCAGUUCGGCACCGAUCUCAAGGAGACGCUCCAGACCGGUCUCCCGGCCGGCGACUACUGCGACGUCAUCUCCGGUAGAAAAGUUAACGGAAAGUGCACCGGCAAGACAGUCAAGGUCAACAAUGACGGAAACGCUUACAUCGAGAUCCUUAAGGACGAGGCAGACGGUGCGCUUGCCAUACACGCAGAGACAAAGCUGUAAAGCGGUGCGACGUCCCGGUUUCCAAAGUGAGAGCAAGUUAUUAGUAAAAUGAAUAAGCCGGUAGCGCGGCGGUGGUUUUUAUACUGAUUUUAUAUACUUAAACGACAAAAAAAGUUUCGUCACGAUUAGAAGCUUUAUUAGAUUUUAUAUUUUGGAUUUUAUAUUUAUAUUUAUUUAAUGCGUAUGUAUAAAUAAAUUUUUAAUAAUAAAUUUAUAUAAUAUAUAAAAGAAAAA